AAACUUAUUGUAAUAUUUAAAAGCUGAAAAAACAUGAAAACUUAUUGUACAUUGUUUAACAUCCCUUUUGAGAAUUUUUCACUCAUAUGGAGAAGUCAACAUUGAAGGGCUGCAAAAUUUAGGCCUAUGCUUGGCGCUUAUGGCCUUUAAGCAGGAAGGGAUCUUUAUCGUGCCACACCUGCUGUGACACGGGACCUCGGUUUUUCAAUUUCAUCUGAAGGACCGCCCCAUUUAGUCACCUCUUUUGACAAGCAAGGGGUACUGAGGACUUAUUCUAAGCCAGAUCUCCACAGGAUUGUACAACUUUAGAACCAGAUCUGAUUGGGACCUAGAAUCUUCAGAAGUGAUGAGAGGAUAUUGGGACCCACAAGCUAAGAUCAAAAUUAAAUGACACCAGUUUUACUAAAUGAAAUUAGGGGAUUUUUUUUAAAUUAAGGUCUUUAUGAUUAAAAUUGGCAUGGAUUUUGUGCAAGGGAGUUAAUGAAAAUGGUAGUACUCAGAAAAAGGCCUUUUAUACAGCCAGUACUUCAUUUGGGAGACUUUGAUAGGCAGAUUGUAAUCGUAUCUUGUUUGAAUUAAGAUUUGUUGAAGAAGAAUAACACAUUGUCAUAAUGGUCAACUUCCUUUAAAACCAUAAAUUAUACCAAAAAUUCAGUAAUAUAUUUCUGUCCUUUUACACUUAAGUUCUUAACUGAUUAUGGUACCUUCACACUCACGAAUUUUUCUUACGGAUCCUUACGUAUUCCACAAAUCCGUAAAAGUACACGGAUUGUUACGAUUUAGACACUUUAAAGAGCUAUUUAAGAACGUUUUAAGAGUAUUAACGGGCCAUUUGCGGUCUAUUACGAGUUCUUGCGAUGCAUUUACGGCACACAUUUACGAUUUGUUCCGAGUGAACACGGAUAAAUACGAGCAAUUUACGACAUUUUACGAGCUUUUUAGGGAUUGUUACGAGUAUAUUGCGGAAAUUUACGAUUUAGCUUAGCUUUUACGUGUAAAUCACGACCUGUUAACGUGUUGAUAACGUGAUGUUACGAAUAGUUAGGAGUUAGUUACGAUUGUUUACGUUUUUAACUCAGAAGUGUUCGCAAUUGACUUUGUAUCAUCAUUCGACAGCUGGCAUUACUUGUAACAGCAUAAUUUUUGUAGUAAUGGAAGUACGAAAUAUACCGAUGAUACUCGUAUCGAAAUGAAACCAACUUGUAAGGAAGAAAUCCAAAACAAAAAGCGAGCAGGGCUCACGCUCGCAAUUUUGUUGCUGUUUGUGGUGACCCUAGGAAUAUGCAGUUGUUUGCUCGUGCUUUGCAUAAAGCUGACAGAUGAAGUACACAGCUUAAUGGGCAGAGUGAAUAAUAUGAGCAGAAUCUUGUAUUCUUCAAAACUUUACAAUGGGAAUAGUACGAGUAUGGAGUCCGCAUCAAUAUUAGAUUUUGAAAAAAUACAAAAUAAAUCGAACGCUCAUAUGGGUAGCAACAAGGAGACGCCUUCUAUGACCUUUAGAGUUAAGAAAACGAAGAGAUUUUUGUCUGGAGCUCCAAGUUUGGAAUUGCUGAGAAGUAAUCUCGAUUCGGGAGUAACUGCCGUCCACUAUGUCCCGCACGAGUACCGUGACAUCUCUGGGAAAGCAGGUACACCAUGUAGAGGUACCUGCUGUUCUGUCUGGUCAGGAACUUUCUGUGCAAACCAAACAUUCUUGAGCACUGAUCCUCACCAUGGUGUCUUGUUUUUCAAACCCUCACCAUGGAUGGAGGUGCAGCAUAUAGAAGAGGUCACGCCCCUGUUACAGAGCCAGACAGACACAAGUCUAUUCACGGUCACCAAGUCUGGAAUCCAUCUUCUAUACCUCAACAUACUGAUACAGGCUACCAAAUCAUCACACGACAUAGCAAUUUACAUCGAUAGCGAUCGAAAGCUGGACUGUCGUGAAAGUCUUGACUACGUCAGAUCUGAUGCCUCGAAUCCCUUUAUGUACUCAAAAGGCAAAACCUGCAGUAUAUCCGGAGUAUUCUUCUUACAACAAAGCAGUCUGCUCUCCAUCAGAAUCCUUACCACAAACACGGCGGUCAUACUCAAGCCAGAAAAUACAAACUUUGGGGUAGUAUUGCUGAAAACAUGACAGAAUGUACAAAACUAGAGAACUUAAACAAUAUCAAAAUAAAGAAAUCAAACAUUUUU